GCCUAUAUUUGGCAUAAGCUGUAGUAAGAGCUUUAGAGGAAAUGUAGUCUGAAAAGCAUUACAAGCAAAAAAUGUUUGUCUUGUUUUGAGGAAUUCAUGUACAAGUGACUAGUAUUGCUUUUCCUAGGUAAGUAGAUAGUCAGUUCAGUUUUAUGUACUUUUUUUUUUCUGUCUAGAUGUGGUAGUGUUGUUGUUGUUGUUUUUUUUUUUUUUAAGAGCUGUAGUUUGUUAUACUUAUCUGCUGCCCUUACAGUAAUGUCCUGUUUUAGUGUGUUUGUGAAAUGGUUAAGAGCAAUAAGACUUCAUGUGCUAGGAAGCAGAAGAUGGAAUGGUGUGGCUUGUCUUAAUAUAGUAUUGGUAAGAGUAAAGCAUGUAACUUAUGUGCAGAAAAUCUAAUUGCUAAUUAUGCUUGUACUGUGGCUUAUGAUCCUGCCUUUCCUUUAAGGAAAUCUCCCUGAAAGUUCUUUAAAAAAAUAACUUCAAGUCCUGAAGAAAGAACAAGAUCUCAGUGAAGCUCUGACUUGGGAGGAGAAAGCUUUGGCAUUGUAGGAUUAAUAUGAUAAAAAGAGAGUUAGUCCAGGAGCAGGCUCAAGUGGGUGGCAGUCCAGAGGGAUCUCAGCAAAUGUGCUCUCCAGUACAGCAGGGCCAAGGAGAAGGCUAUCUCCCAGCAGCACAGCUACAAACAUUGGCCCAUGGUCAGCAGCCUCAGGGAGUAGGCACAGAGCGUGUCCAGCAGCAGAAUCAGACAGUCCAAGGAGGCAUGGCCCUAAACGUGGAACCACAGCAAGUGGAUAAGGGGUGGGAGGCCCUGGAAGUGACUGUACAGGUGAGGCCUCAGAAGGUGAGCGAGGGAUGGGAAGCCCCAGAGAUGACAGUACAGGUACGGCCUCAGAAGCUGAGCCCAAGGUGGGAGAUGCCAGAUGUGACUGUGCAGUUGCAGUUAGAGCAGCAAGACAGAGGAACAGCUCUCCCACAAGUAACUGUGCAGGUACAGCCAAAGGUGCAGGGACGAGGAAUGACUGGUCUCAAGGUCACUGUGCAGAUGCACUUUGGCUGUGAGCCAAAAGAGGUGAGCUCUAUGCAGGACCAAGGUGAGGAAACAUUAGAGAAUGGAGAGCGUCAGACACUAAAUCAAAAUCAAGGAGAGUCAAUAGCAAGAUCUGAGAGUAAGAGAGAACUGGCUGUGAUGGAGCUGGUUCCACAGGGAGGUCAUAGCCAAAAGCAGGAUCAAGAAGGAGGGGUGUUAAAAUUCCAGCAUGGACAGAGCCAAGAAGAAGGGAGAGCAGAAGUAAUGGAGAUGCAGGCUGAAAACAAAGCAGGCCUGCAUGGUGAGGUGACAGAUCAGCUAUAUGACCAAAACCAAAAGAAGGAAGAGCUGAAAGCAGACCUAUCACUGCAGCAGGAAGGUCAAAGAGAUACAGACAUGAGACAGAGCCAGGGUGAUGGCCAAGAAGGGUCCAAAGGGGUGACUGAAGAUCAACGAGAAGGCCAGGAGCAAGAAAUAGUUAAGAAGCGCCCACGAGAGACUCCAAAUUACUUUGUCUCUAUACCAAUAACAAAUGACCAGGUAUUUUUAAUUACUUGUUCCAACAAACUGUAA